AUGCCCAAGUUGUCUCGGUUUCACGGCGUCGUCCAGAGGAUUUCGGCCUUAGUGACGCGUUCUCAAUCCGGUUCCGGCUCCCACCGCUCCCGGAGCGACAAUGCGAGAUUAUUUAUCGGCCAAAAUAGGUCAAUCAGCUGGACCAAUCAGCUCUCGCAUAGGACGAAGUCGAUAUCUCCUGCGCCUUUAACGGCAUGGGCCGUCGUUGGCUGUACCAUCAUCGCAGCUUCAGUCAUAACUUGGUCUCCAAUAGCAUAUGCUGAAGCGCCGUCUGCAGAGCCGAAGAGGUUGAUUCGCCUGGAUGAAGUCAGACAACAUGGCAAAGACGCCGAACGAAAAUGGGUCAUCAAGGGGACGCGGGUGUUUGACAUUACGGAUUGGAUAGCAGCGCAUCCUGGGGGUCCAGUCAUUCUGCACGCAGUUGGCUGCUCAAUCGAUCCCUAUUGGAAUAUCUUCACCAUCCAUCAAAAGCAAGACGUGUAUGAUGUGCUCGAAGAAUACUUCAUUGGCGACAUCGAUCCACGAGACCUGGUCGAUGGCAAGGUCGCGGGACGUGACGUCGAAGAUCCUUUUGUGAACGAUCCCACUCGAGAUACCCGUCUGAUGCAGCAUACCCAGAAGCCUUGCAACGCCGAGACCCCAACGGACUGCCUGGAUUCUUACAUCACGCCCAACCAGACCUUCUACGUGCGCAAUCAUUUGUGGGUUCCCGAGUUGGACGAAAAGACCCACACUUUGACGGUUGAGCUUCCAGACGGUACCGAAAAGGAAUACACCUUGCACGACCUCAGAAGCAAAUUUCAACCUUUUAGCAUCACUGCGACCUUGCAAUGCUCGGGAAAUCGCCGGAAACACAUGACUGCCGGGGCAAGACCUGCGACCGGCCUUCAGUGGGACGUGGGCGCCAUCUCAAACGCACAGUGGACCGGUGUCCGUCUGAGAGAUAUCCUUUGUGACGCAGGGUUUCCUGUCAAUGACUGCGAUUCGGAGCAUGCCAAGCACGUCCAGUUUGUUGCCGCCGAAGCAUAUGGCGCUUCAAUCCCCAUUGAAAAAGCUGUCGACCCAAGAGGAGAUGUCAUGCUCGCGUACGAAAUGAAUGGCAAACCCCUACCACCUGAUCACGGCUACCCACUGCGAGUACUGGUGCCAGGCCACACGGCUGCGAGAAGUGUCAAAUGGAUCGAGAAGAUCGUCCUUUCCGAAGAGGAGAGCCAUUCGCAGUGGCAACGGCGGGACUAUAAGUGCUUCGGCCCCAAUAAAACUGCCAAGGAUGUGGACUGGUCCUCUGCUCCUGCUAUUCAAGAAACGCCCGUGCAAAGCGCCAUCACCUCGAUAAAAGAUAUAUCCCGCAGCUCUUGGCAAGGUCGAAGGUCAUUGCAGAAAUACGGUUUAGAUGAAGACGCCGUCAAAGUGGAAGGAUAUGCAUUUAGUGGAGGAGGCAGAGAGAUUAUUCGAGUCGACGUCAGCGCCGACGGCGGGAAAUCCUGGGAACAGGCGCUUCUCCUGCCGGGUGGGUCGAAAGGCCACAAAGCAUGGUCAUGGAAACGAUGGGAGUUUGUGGUGCCCAAGCGCGUCGCUGGAAAGCAAUUCGUUGUGAAGGCAGUCGACGAGAGCUAUAAUUCUCAACCGGAGUCAUACGAGGCCCAGUUCAACUUCCGUGGCAAUCUCACCACCGCCUGGCACAAGGUCGAAUACCCUCGCACGAGCAACGGUCCCUCGAGAUAA